AUGCCCACGGUUACUUUACCGCCGAAGGAGAAUGCUCUCUUCAAGAGGAUUUUGCGAUGUUACGAGCACAAACAGUACAGAAAUGGGCUCAAGUUCUGCAAACAGAUCCUGUCCAACUCCAAAUUUGCAGAACAUGGAGAGACGCUGGCAAUGAAGGGCUUGACCCUCAACUGCCUGGGGAAGAAGGAGGAGGCCUACGACCUGGUGAGGAGAGGCCUUCGCAACGACCUCAAGAGCCACGUCUGCUGGCACGUCUACGGUUUACUGCAGCGCUCCGACAAGAAGUACGACGAGGCCAUCAAGUGUUACCGCAACGCUUUGAAGUGGGAUAAGGACAACCUGCAGAUCCUCAGAGAUCUGUCACUGCUGCAGAUCCAGAUGAGGGACCUGGAGGGAUACAGGGAGACGAGGUACCAGCUCCUGCAGCUGCGCCCCGCCCAGCGGGCCUCUUGGAUCGGAUACGCCAUCGCCUAUCACCUUCUUGAAGAUUAUGAAAUGGCUGCAAAAAUCAUUGAAGAGUUCAGGAAAACACAGCAGACGUCUCCGGACAAGGUGGACUACGAGUACAGCGAGCUGCUGCUGUACCAGAACCAGGUGCUGAGAGAGGCCGGUCUGUACAAGGAGGCCCUCGAUCAUCUGUCCAACUACGAGAAGCAGAUCUGUGACAAACUUGCCGUAGAGGAGACGCGAGGAGAGUUGCUGCUGAAGUUGGAGCGUCUGGACGAAGCCACAGAGGUCUACAGGCGUCUGCAGGAGAGAAACCCGGAGAACUGGUCCUAUUACCACGGCCUGGAGAAAGCCCUGAAACCCAGCAGCGUUGAGGAAAGACUCAAGAUCUAUGAAGAAACCUGGGAGAAGUUUCCUAAGGGCCUGGUUCCUUGCAGGCUGCCACUUAACUUCCUCUCAGGUGAGAAGUUCAGGGAGUGCCUGGAUAGAUACCUGAGGAUGAACUUCAGUAAAGGCUGCCCGCCUGUCUUCACCACGCUCAAGUCGCUGUACGGUGACAAAGAAAAGGUGGCAAUUAUAGAGGAAUUAGUGGUCAGCUAUGAAACGUCGUUGAAAAGCUGUCGAAUGUUCAGCCAGAACGAUGACGGUAAGGAGGAGCCUCCCACCACGCUGCUCUGGGUGCAGUACUUCCUUGCUCAGCACUACGACAUGAUCGGUCAGCAGACCCUGGCUCUCGAACACAUCAACACCGCCAUCGAGAGCACGCCCACGCUCAUCGAACUCUUCCUCAUCAAAGCCAAGAUCUACAAGCAUGCUGGGAACAUCAGAGAGGCGGCUCAGUGGAUGGACGAGGCCCAGGCUCUGGACACCGCCGACCGGUUCAUCAACUCCAAGUGUGCCAAGUACAUGCUGAAGGCGGGCAUGAUCAAAGAGGCGGAGGAGAUGUGCUCCAAGUUCACACGGGAGGGAGCGUCGGCGGUGGAGAACCUGAACGAGAUGCAGUGCAUGUGGUUCCAGACCGAAUGUGCGCUCGCCUACAAAACCAUGAACAAGUUUGGAGAAGCCCUGAAGAAGUGUCACGAGAUCGAGAGGCAUUUUGUGGAGAUCACAGACGACCAGUUCGACUUCCACACCUACUGCAUGAGGAAGAUGACGCUACGCUCCUACGUGGACCUCCUGAAGCUGGAGGAUGUUCUCCGCAUGCAUCCGUUCUACUACAAGGCUGCCACCACAGCGAUCCAGAUUUACCUGAGCCUCCAUGACAAUCCCCUGACGGACGACAGCAAAGAGCUGCAGGCGGACACGGCCAACCUGUCUGAUAAAGAGCUGAAGAAGCUGAGGAACAAACAGCGAAGAGCCCAGAAGAAGGCACAGCUGGAGGAAGAGAAGAAGAACGCAGAGAAGGAGAAGCAGCUGAAGAACCAGAAGAAGAAGAAGGAGGAUGAUGACGAGGAAAUCGGAGGGCCAAAAGAGGAGCUCAUUCCUGAGAAACUGGUCAAGGUAGAAAAUCCGCUGGAGGAAGCAGUCAAGUUCCUGACGCCGCUGAAGCACCUGGUUAAAGACAAGAUUGAGACGCACCUGUUGGCCUUUGAGAUUUACUUCAGGAAAGAAAAAUCCCUGUUGAUGCUCCAGUCGGUGAAGAGAGCCCUCAGCAUCGAUCCGGACCACCCGUGGCUUCACCAGUGUCUGGUGCGCUUCUUUAAAGGAGUUUCGGAGAGCAAGGAACUGCCGGACAUGGUCAGGACGGUGCUGAAGCAGGAAAUCACCCGGCUGUUUGGAGACAGCAACGCUAAGAGCUUCAACCAGGCCUACCUCACCAAGCACUCCGACUCCAUACCACACCGACUGGCUGCUGCUAAGAUGAUGGUGUAUCUGGACUCGUCAACGGAAGUGAAAGCAGCAGAACUGGCCACAUCACUGGACGAGUCGCUCAACAACAGAACUAUACAAACCUGCACAGACGUCCUGGAUUGUCUUCGGAGCGGCUCGCUGGGAGACUGUAAAGAACAUGCGGAGUCGUACCGUGCCGAGUGUCACAAGCUUUACCCCUAUACGUUAGCUUUCAUGCCCCCCGGCUACGAGGAGAACACAAAGAUGGCGAAUGGAGACGUUUCCACAGAAACGGAGGAGCUAGCCAACGAGAUGUAAGCGCUGCAGAAGAGCAGCGGAUAAGAAAAGGAGUUGGGCUGAGCACAGAGCCUUGUGGUACGCCAGGCAGCCAUUGUUUUUCUUUCUUUUCUUUUUUUUUUCUUUUUUUUUUAUAGAGCCAGAAACAGGAAGCAAAGGGGGGUGUUCGGUUCUCUGGCUCAGCUUAAUCUGGUCUGACCUGGCAUGGCUUGGCUCUCUCCCAUGUGGGUGAACUUCAGGACUGUGUGGGUGUGUGUGCUGAGUGUGUGCGUAUGUAUUUGUCGGUUAAAAGGGGGGAAAAAGAGGAAGAUGACGGAGCAAACAUUUUACUUUUUAACAGUCUGCAACCAAGUUGAACUUGAAUCGUGAAACAGAUGGGUGAAACUGUGACACAAAGACACACAUUGCUGGUUUUGACUCGGGUUGUUGAAUUACAGCCACUUGAGUUGGGACUCCAAACAAACAUCUAUAGCAUAACAGUGUUCCCUUAUUUUAAAAAGAAUAUCUCAUUUAUAUGGAAACGAGACACAGCCGUCGCUCCAUGAUGUGGGACAGAGUGGAUCUGGUCUCUGGUCUGUAGCCAGCUGAACAUUAAUCAAUCUGAGGACAUCCAGCGGCUGCAGACGCAUCUGGAUCUGCUCUAAAACUCACUUCAGCAUCUGUGGAGAGUUGGGAGAAAGACCCGAUCCCCCGCGGAGACACGGCAACGUGUGGACAGUUUUCCAUCAGAAUGUGCUUCCUACACCGCUCUGGGUUCAACUAGGGAACAUUUAAUCCCGUCUGAUCUUUUGGAGCACCUUGUAGCACAGAAUAAAAGCUGUAAAGAUUGUGUUGCGCUCUGUUUCCAAUACACUGCUACUGUGUUGUUUUUGUUGUUUUUUUCCCUACAUGGUUAUGACAGAGAUGGGUAAACCUAAGCAAUACCAUAGUCACCUUCCUGUCCAUACAAAGGGUCAGUAGAACCACGAACGCUAAUCAGGCUUUGAUACAUUUGUGGAUCCACUGAUCCUGUAAGCAGAGGCCCGCGUGUAGUUGUUGUUGUUGCAGUUAGAAAUGGUUUUAUCUGCAUGUCAGCGCUCUGUUGAAAAGAAAAUGAGCAUUUUUAACACGUCCUUCAGGGGGACAUUGUACCUGAAGUGGCUCUCGGAACGGUCAGAAAUCAGCAUUGAAGCCUGUUGAGGGAAGGUGUCACAACACAAUUUUACCUCUUCUGUUCCCCUCAGUUUCAGGAACUUUUCUUCCCCUUUUUCCUCUCAUUUGGGUUCUAAUGUGAAAGAUGAAAUCUGAGGUGGUGAUGUAUGAUAUCUCUGGAUUUUUGUAUUAAAAACAAAAGAAAAAAA